AUGAGUGAAUCAAAGCAGGGUAUCACAGAAGUCAGCAAAAGUUGUUACCAAACUUUGCUCAAUGCCGCACAAAAGAUUCCUGAAAACUCAUUGUUCCGUGACAAUCUGUUCAAAGCAACCUGCGAGAAGGUGCGACGCCGAAAUGAGGCCAUCGUUAUCCGAGAUAUCACUCGAUUGAUUGUCCCCUCCACGGCAAAUCUAGCUAUAUAUGGUGCAACACAUCUCGAUCAUCUGGUCGAAAGCAUCAAUGAAGGCUGGGAUAAUUCAAUCCCCGUUACCAAAACUCGACCGCAGCCUGAUUAUUCCGUGGGAUUUAAACGAGACGCUUUCACAGAUGGCCAGCUGCGGAGGCUUCAGGAUUUUGUUGUGAGAGCUACCGUUGAGUUAUUCAAGCUCGUGAAGCGCGAAAAGGAGGUCGACCGAGAGAUACUCACCUUCCCAAUCUCGCAUGACCACACAGCGGUGAGGAUCUAUGGUCACUAUGCUGUUCUUGAAGGAGAGAAGACGAAUUUUUACCGCCACCCGAUCCACAAGUUCGAUUUCACUGCUCUGGAUGGCAAAGAGAAAUGGACGGCAUACAAGUUCACAAGGAAUUCAGAACUUCAAUACUCCGAACAAUCCAACGCCGAGUCGGUGCUCACAAUCAAUGAUGAUGACAGCCAACCAAGUCAGCUGGGCUAUAUUGACUCCACAGAUGCUACACCAACCACCUCUUUCACUGAACGAACUCAAGUAUGCAAAAAGCCAAGGAAGUAG